AUGCCGCCACCAUCGCCCACCACCAACCAGAUCCGUCCUCACUCAGCAGCGCCGACAGCCCCGCAGCGGCCGCCCAAUGCCACCACCGCCACCACCGGCAACAGCCACCCCAGGCCGACCAUCUCUACUGCCACCCACCAGACCCCCUCUCGUUCAGGGACGCCCACAACCCCGCAGCCGCCGCCCAAUGCCAUCAUCGCCACCACCGGCAACAACAACAACCACGCCAGGCCGACCACCGGCACGGGCAACGCGUCCGGGGCGCACACGGCCGUUUCACGGCAAGGCACUGCGACGCCCGGCAGGAACGGGACAGGAGCGCCUUCGCCUCCGCGUACCAACCCUGCUCCCGGUCCCAACCCUCCCCCCGGCCCCGGUCCUAAUCAGACCGCCAACCUGGCGACGAGGAGCGCUAAUGGUAACGGCCGUGGCGGCGGCGCGCCUGGUAACGGCAAUGGGUCCGCCACCCAGCAGCAGGCAGGGGGGCGGGGAGCUCGUCGUUGA